UUAGUGACGUAAGGAGUGUUGCUGUAGAAACAAAUGAAGCUUCCCCGUCAGUGCUUGUGGCAACAAGAGAGCACGAAAAUAGAUUUCAACUUGAUCGUGUCUGGUUUCAUUCGAAGAAUAAUGUAGCUCGUCAAUUUUGUAUAUGGUUUUAUACUUCAGAUCUGGGAGCGAAAGAUUACUGUAAUAAACUCGCGAUGAGUCUCGCUAGAAAGGACGCCGGGCUACGGGCACUGGUCGCGAGCACGAACAUUAAUCCGGAGCAGAAGGUUCCUCAAAUUCUCUCAAAAUUACAAGAUAUUCUGAAUAGGAUAUCUGUCCAAGACGAUAGAGAGUUGGGUGCGUUCAAAAACUCCUUGUUCAGCCACGGCAUACUUCAAUACUGCGCAGGAGACGCCCUCAAACUGAACUAUGCCAAAGUUGAAGGAGGCUACGCAACUGCCACUCAGUUGGCAGAAAUUCUCAGCUCCUGCUGUGUGGGUGUGGACCUGGGCGGAGACACUGAGGCCUUCCAUAGGCGGCUGCUCCCGUCCGUCACAGACAGCCUGCUGUCAUUGGCCAGUCGGCUGAUGAACAGAGCUUUGGCGGGGAAUGGGCAGCCUGAGAUGUUUCGUUUCUUCAGGAAGGUGAUGGGCUCUGUGUGUUGGCUUCUGAAAGCCCAUGGUCACCUGGCCACACAAGUCCUGCAGUCAGACCACUAUGAGAGGAUGUUAAUGAGUGAGGAGGAGAGAGUGGGAACCGUGUGUGUGUCACUGUGGCAUCAGCUUCUGACAGCUAACAGUGAGUUAGUAGCAGGUUUGGGAAAAGGCCCCUUGUCUGUGAUUCUGGAUGACGUCGUGUACCGAAUGGCUCACACAUCCAACCCUGCUGUGGGAGGGGCAGCAAUUAGGACGCUCCUCCUGGUUGCCCGGCAACAAGAAUCCGCCCUGCAGCUUAUCAUCCACAGGUUCAAAGGGUUGGAGGGCAUGAUUGGUCGAGAAUGGAGGGGGCGGGGCUUCGAUGAGGAAGUGGACCAACUGAUCAAGCUGCUGCACAAAGUCCCCAAACCAGCUGAUCACACAGAGGUAAAAUAUAGUGUGUUUGUUGUUGUUCGUGUGUGUGCGUGCCUUACACUCUCUCUGUGUUAUCAGACGUGGCCAGAGGAGUGUGUGAGAGCGGCGUGUGUCAUCCAGGCAGCGUGGAGAUCCUAUCAGACCAGGAGGAGAGUGAAGAGUCUGCCCAGAGCUGUCAGAUCACUGCAGAGGAGCUUCAGGGAGCGGCGGCAGAGGAGAGUGCAGCAGGCUCAGGCUGAGUGCUGGGAGGAGGAGCUGAGACUACAGCUGUGUGUCAGGAGACAGAGAGCCAGGAGAGAGUUCCAUCAGAAACAACUACAGUUACUACAGUUACUGUCCCCAGGUACACACACACUACCUGUUACAGCAGAGACAGAGAGUCAGGAGAGAGUUCCAUCAGAAACAACUACAGUUACUACAGUUACUGUCCCCAGGUACACACACACUACCUGUUACAGCAGAGACAGAGAGUCAGGAGAGAGUUCCAUCAGAAACAACUACAGUUACUACAGUUACUGUCCCCAGGUACACACACACUACCUGUUACAGCAGAGACAGAGAGUCAGGAGAGAGUUCCAUCAGAAACAACUACAGUUACUACAGUUACUGUCCCCAGGUACACACACACUACCUGUUACAGCAGAGACAGAGAGCCAGGAGAGAGUUCCAUCAGAAACAACUACAGUUACUACAGUUACUGUCCCCAGGUACACACACACUACCUGUUACAGCAGAGACAGAGAGUCAGGAGAGAGUUCCAUCAGAAACAACUACAGUUACUACAGUUACUGUCCCCAGGUACACACACACUACCUGUUACAGCAGAGACAGAGAGCCAGGAGAGAGUUCCAUCAGAAACAACUACAGUUACUACAGUUACUGUCCCCAGGUCAGGUGCAGCAGUACCUCGGGGAGGUGGAGAGGCAGGCUGUCAUACGGAUCCAGAGGGUUUGGCGAGGCCACCGAGAGAGACGACACUUCCAGCAACGGAGAAACACACACACACAGCACAGAGCUGCUGUUGUCCUGCAGAGAGCAGUCCUUCGCUUUCUGAAGAGGCGGAGAGCUGAGAAAGCCCCUCCUUCCCUCUCUCCUUGGAUUGGUCCUCGGGGUUUGACUGACAGUCGGAGGGCGGAGCUGAAGAGAGAGGUGGAGGAACAUAUUGCCCUGCACCCGUCCUCUGUGGUGUCUCUAGAGGGCAGUAGGGAGCUCCAUGCUCAGACCCAAGCCUUGCUGCUCCAGCAUCUACAGGGGAGAGAUGCAGAGCUGAGAGAACACACUCACACACACGCCCUGCUGGCACAGAUCAACACCGACCUGGAACUACUGCUGAAUGCCCCCUCACUCAGUGUCGCCACAGCAACCGACUGUGACGUGUUCAGGAGUCGCUCUGCCCCCGUAGCUGCCCGCGCCCGGCAAUCCCACAAUGCCUUGCUCCAGGCCGGGCGCCUGCCUUGGUGGAAGAUGCUGGGAGAUGGUGACAUCAACUGUCCAGAAUCGGAGUCUGCCCACACAGACUCACUGUAUUUAGGAGGAAGCUGACAACCUUGUUCCACAACAGUAUUGUAACGCUAUUAUAACAUUGUCAUAGGGCUGUUGUAAUAAUGUCACUAUGACGUCAAACCUGCUCUGGAAUUCAACCAAUCAUGGGUUUCAGUCUGGACGGUGGUUAGUUGAAUCAGGUGUGUUACUGCACUGGUCUUUUCAUCGGCCUCUGUAUGGCUGGUCCCUUAAUAAGGAAGAGUUUCAGUCUAAGGAAUUGUAAAGCAAUUUUGUGUAGAGAAGACUGCAUUAAAGUUUGUACUUUUCUACUA